UUUUUUACUUUUUUACUUUUUUAUGUUUUGCUGAUUACUCACUCUUCAGAUGACCGGGCAUGUUCUUAAGGGUUCUCUCUGCCCGUAGCCUGCUCCCUAUACGGCAACUGCAUUGUCUGGGAGGGGACCCUGUGCGGCCGGGGUAUUGUAGCUGCAGGUUGCGGCUCCUCUUCGCGCUGUGUGCGCGUGUCUCUCUCGCGCGAUGACGUCAUCACGCGCCGACUAGCAGGAGAUUUAAAAUUGUUUGGCGCCGAUCCACUUUCGCCCUAGUUGCUGCCUGUUUGCAAGUAUGGAUCCGGCUGCCACUAAAAGAGCCGCUCCCAAAUCAGCUAAAAAAAUUACUGGAAUGUAAGGCAACACCCAGCUUCCUGUAAAGCAGCUAGUACCUGCAGUCAUUACAGUCAAGAAAUCUUACCUGCAACUCGUUCACCUGCUUACCAGCCAUGUCCAGAGCAAAGACACCUGCUCCUGAACAUUAUUACGAAGAAUAUCUUUAUAAAAAAGACAAAAAUGACAGGGGAUUUACAAAGCUUUGGGCUGGAAUUUUAGGAAACACUCUGUGCUUCUACUCCAAUCACAAGGAUUUGCGGAGCAUUGACACCAUCAGUUUGGAAAAUUAUGUAUCUCUGAAGGAGCCUGGUGGUAAUUUGUCAUCAGAAAAUCAAUUUUCCUUGUGCAUGAAAGGGCGAGAAAUACAGCUAAAGGCAGAGUCAUUAGAGAGCCGGGAAAUGUGGCGUGCAUAUAUCAUCACCAUAGCAGAGUUGAGGAUCCCCCCAUCUCUAAGCCUGCUUCCAGGGCCUCGUCUUGCUUUAAAGGAAGCUUUGGAGAAAGAAAUAGAGAGAAAAAAGAAAAAUGAGGCAGAAGAAAAUGAAACUCCCAGCUGUUUCUAUAAUGUGUCCCGGAUGGAAGCAGAGAAUUUACUGAUGCAAAACCGUGAAUGUGGCAACCUAUUAUUGCGACCUGGGGGAAACCAGAAGACACUGUCUGUAAGCACCUGUCAGAAAUUUCACAGCAAGGACGUAGUUAAGCAUUACCGUGUAAUGCAGGAACAAGAGGGAUAUGUUAUUCAGGUGGAACCCAAAGUUGUUUGCUCCUCGCUAGCAAAUGUUAUCAGCCACUUUGUGAAUAGUUCGAACAAAACCCUGAAACCCUUUGUAAAGAUCUGUGAAUAUGAGAAUAAAAUUGCAAUUUAUGAACAGAACAAUGAAGAUGGAGUGGUUACAGUACGAUAUGCGCAGGACUCCCCAGUUAUUAACAUUUACCCAUUUAUAGGAAGCACAAAAACCUCCCCACUUCAUACUGCACCUCCUCCCCUUCCACGGGAUCCUCCACCAGAAGAUGAUUAUGAGAACCCAGAUCAAGGCGAGAAAAGAUGGAAUUCAUUUCGAGAAGUAUCUAAAGGGCCAAGAACUCCCAAACCAGUUCCAAGCUCAGGCCUGGAUGAAGAACUAAGAAGAAAAUUGGAAAUACGAAGACAGCAAAUUAAUUGAUUGCUUCUGGUUUCAUAGAAAAAGGACUGAAUAUUAAACACUUUAAACUACUAAAGUUGCCAGCUGAGAACUCUCUGGAUCAGUGACUUGCAAACAUAAUGUGACUCAGCCUUUAAAGCUUCAAAAACAGCUCCCCUUUUAACUGUAAUUGCUUUUUGACUCUGCAGUAGAAUUUGAACCUGUGUACUACAGACUUUGCCAAGCUGGAGGUCUCUUCUUAGUGCAUUAUUAGCUUUGUAACGUUGUAAGGUAAUGUAAAAGCACCAUGGGAAAUGGGGUGCAGAGUACCUUAAAUUUGAAAAAAUAGAGUUGUAGAAAAGGGCUGAGUACAUAGCAGUGCGUCUGUAGUAUAAAAGUAGUGAGCAGCAAGAUCAUCAUCAGGGUGGUACAGGGUGGGCCCCCUGACAGAGUGGUGACCCGAGAUGGAAAAGCGUGAUGGAGAGUUGAAAAAGGAACAGUGCUUGUGCAGCACUGAGUGGGGUUUGGGUGAAUCAAAGCAUUGGCUCUGCAAAUGUCUGAAUUCUGACAGUUUUUCUAUUUUUUGAUCUAACCUUAACUUGUGAACACGCUAAUGCUUUUAUCAGCUACAUGUAUGGCCCAGCCUUGCCACAUCAGAGUUGCAGAUAAGUAGGCUAAAAAUACUAAAAUUGGGUAAAUAGAGAGUGUUGGUGCCCUGAGAUUAAUUUAAGGUCACAAUAAAUGGGGUAAGCUCCGCAACUGCAUAUAUUGUGUGUGCGCGGCUCCGUUACAACUAUGUCUACUGAAGGUAGGGACACUGCCAGUCCCAUGGAAGGCUUGCACCACCAGUGCAGUGAAUGCAUUAUAUUUACAGAUGUGCAGUGAAGAUAGUUCGGCUCUGAGACUAAUUCCACACAUGGCUGAUGCAGAAAGGAGCUGAUGACAACAAAUAAAAAGCAGGUGGAGAAACAGCCUAAGAUGGAGAAAGUUCUUGGGGAUGAGCUUAUAGAUGUUUAGAAGCUACACAUAGAGCUUAUGCAUACAAACAAGCUGACAGUAUCGCGAUACUACAUGUAACUUAUAUUUAUUUAAGGCAUAAUCAGCAGAAUGCCACACUUAGCAUACUGUCCAUCCAUCUCUUACAGGUGCAGAGGAUAUCAUGGAAUAUUUGUUGUAGAACCCUAAAUUAUGUUCAAGUUUUUUUUAAUAGGUCCCCUAAAAUACUGGGUGGACUUUAAGCUUUAAUGCAUUGUAAAGGGAGAGAAAAGGAGAGAUCUAGGUGGGGAAAUGAAGGAGGUGGGUAGAUCAGAUGAAAUCAAGUGAGGCUGGUGCUUGAGCUGCUGGUGGCACUAUUCCUUUUCUGGAGACUUUUCACACAGCUAGGAACCUGGAGUCCAGUAUACACUGAGAAACUUCCACACCAUACCUGUUGGUUGACAGAAGGUAAUUAGCAACAAUACAAAUAUUGUACUAAAGCCAUCAUACUAUUAAGGUACAGCUUGCCUAGUCUUUGUGUUCAGGAUGAGUUUAAUGUUAAGAUUUAGAUCUGAUAUUUUAUGGUUACAUUUCUGGUCAAUGUGUUUGUCAUAUAACUUCAAAAGGAGUUUCUCCUAACUGUAAAUAUUAAUCAGUUGCUCCUAAUAAAACUAAAAGCUAAACACA